AAUUUUCAUUCCGUUCUUUCCAUGUCUUGCUAACGUUUAACCCUCCCAUCGAGGGUUUUGAAUUCCAAUUCCGAUUCCUCCUCUCCUUCUUUCUCAAAUCUCAAAGGCUGUUGUGCGAUUUGGAAUCGGAACCCUAAUUGUUGAGCCUUGGAUCUAAAGAGUUCCAAUGGCGAAUCACGAGGAGGAUGACCUCCGAAUGGCACUACGGAUGAGUAUGCAGAAUUCACCUCCGGAUCCCAAGCGUAGCAAGCCCAGGGACGGACUCGCCGGAGCUCCGGCUGAAGAGCCGUCGGAAGUGAAGACCCGCAGACUUCAGCGAGAGCUGAUGGCUGCUGCAGCUGAGAAGAGAAUGCUGGUCGCCAAGAAGUCUUCGCCUUCGGCUUCACCUAGCAAGGUGUUGUCCGGGUCUGCGGGUUCCGGUUCGGGUUUGGCGCCAAAGGUGGUGACGAAAGAUAAGGAAUUGAGUUUGGAGCAAGUGAAUUUGGGAAAGGGGUUGAGCGAAGAGGAUGCAAAGCAGCUGUUUUCGAUGGUUUUCGGGGCCGAGGUUACCAAGGGCAUUCUUGCGCAGUGGAGUAAUCAGGGUAUAAGGUUUAGCCCUGAUCCAGAAACAUCUAUGGGUCUAGUGCAGCAUGAAGGUGGGCCCUGUGGCGUUUUAGCAGCCAUUCAAGCAUUUGUUCUCAAAUACCUACUUUUCUACCCAGCUGAAUUAGGUAAAGUUGCACCAAACAUGCAUCAAAAUACGGGUUCAAGGACACCGUCUAAUAGUCAGUGUGUUGCAACAAAUAAUUUUGCCUCUCUAACUGAAGAUGCAAAAGCAAGAGUACUUAUUAGAAGUAUGGGUGAGAUAUUGUUCUUAUGUGGAAGCAACAAAAGGGCGGUGAUUGCGACUUUGAGUGUUAUUGGAGAAGAAACUGAGAGGUCUGAGGACAGACUGAAUGAUGAAGUAAUAACCAAGUCACUUGAAGGUCUUUCAAUCGAAUCGGCUGCUGAUUUGCAUAAAGUGCUAAGAGUUAGCAUAUACACAACACAAGAAAGUGCAUUUCAGAGGCUCCAAGCAGUGCUUCCUGCUUUUCAAAGUCGUAUGGGGGCACUGCUGUUCCUUAUUUCUGCUUUACUUUCUCGUGGACUGGACUUAGUUCAAUCUGAUAGGGACGACCCCAGCCUACCCCUUGUCACUGCUCCGUUUGGCCAUGCCUCACAGGAAAUUGUGAACUUAUUGCUCUGCGGGCAGGCAGUCCCUAAUGUUUUCGAUGGAAAGAUGGAUUUGGGUGGUGGCAUGUCUUUAAAAGGCAUAUCCAAAACUGUGGAAGUUGGAUUCCUCACUCUGUUAGAAUCCCUAAAUUUCUGUAAGGUUGGUCAGUAUUUGAAAAGUCCAAAAUGGCCAAUCUGGGUAGUUGGAAGCGAGUCUCACUAUACAGUCCUUUUUUCUCUUGAUACCACUGUCCAAGAUGAGAAUGAACUGGAAGGAAGGGAAUCACAGAUUCGGAAAGCUUUUGAUGCACAAGAUCAGAGCGGUGGCGGUGGUUUUAUUAGUGUAGAAGGCUUUCAUCAAGUCCUUAGGGAAACUAACGUAAAACUUCCUACUGAGAAGGUUGACCUCCUCUGCAGCACAGGAUUUAUUGUAUGGAGCGAAUUCUGGCAGGUCAUUUUGGAUUUGGACAAGAGCUUAGGAGGCCUAAAGGAUUCAACUGGAUUGAUGGGUAAGAAGGUGUUUGAUCUUUACCAUUUUAAUGGAAUUGCAAAAUCUGACCUAAAUGGAAGCCAGACAAGCUCAGGAGGCGAGAUUCCAGUUCAAAGACCUAGGCUCACAAAAUUGAGGGUGUCGGUACCUCCAAGGUGGACUCCUGAAGAAUACAUGACAGAUGUGGUAGUGACCUCAGCUUCUAGUGGUAAUGAAUCUGGAGGGAAAGUCACAGAAAUUGCUAAGCCGGAGCCUGCUCAGCAUGCACCUCUGGUGGACUGCAUAAGAACUCGCUGGCCCCGUGCUGUCUGCAAUUGGGUAGGUGACCCGCCUAGCAUAGUCUGAGUUGUUUGAGAAUCUUAUUUGGGUAUCGUUUGUCGUACUUUCAUUGCUGAAGCAGGAGAACUAAUAUUGCAAGCCAAAAGGAUGAGCUUGUGGUGUGAAGUGCCACCCUUAAGAUACAAAGAGUGUUCAUCUAACGUUUUCGUCAGUCUCAAUACGUGGACAGUGUCGAUGGCGUCCUAUGUACAUGCUGCAGCUUCAGCAAUCAAUUCGAUCUUUGAUUCGUCAACAUAUUGAACGGAGGGGGAAAAAGAUCUUGUGCAAGUUUAUUGUCUAUUCAAAUUGUAAAAUUCAUCUAUAUAAUCACCUUUGUUGUGGAGUCGAGGAGCUAUCAGUUCCUGGGAAGGACUUCAAUAAACAAACAUCGAGUCUGUCUCGUCGUCGAAAUUAUUGUAAUGAUUUUUACUGCAUUACAGCUGUUAUACAGUAGCAAGUUUUCCUGGUCUUGAUGUGUUACAUAUGUAAUCCCUUCUCCCUGAACCUUGUUGCAAGGUUAAAAGCUAUAAGCUUCUUUUUUA